AUGGAUUCUUCGAAUUCAUUUACUCAGUCCUCAGGUUUUCUGGAUCUGUUAAAUAGCCAACAGUGUGAUACUGUCUCACAAAGCAUAGCUCUUGGAGCUUCAGAAGUUCAAAUUUUUAGUUCCCAGGGGACUAAUAAUGCUCCAACUCAAGCUGCAGAGACAAAUGAAGACAGAAGACGCAGAACGAAUUGGUCACAAAAGGAAGAUGUGGUGCUCAUAAGUGCUUGGCUUAACACAAGCAAAGAUCCGAUCACAGGGAAUGAGCAAAAGGCUGGAUCCUUUUGGAAAAGAGUUGGAGCUUACUUCAAUGCAAGUCCUCAACUUGUUGGUAUGGAAGAUCGAGAGGUUGGCAACUGUAAGCAAAGGUGGUCCAAGAUCAGUGACCAAGUCUCCAAGUUUGUUGGGUCGUUACGUUCUGCAACAAGUCAGCAGUCAAGUGGGCAGAAUGACAAUGACGUAAUGAAACUUGCUAUUGAAAUCUAUCACCAUGAUUACGGUGUCAAGUUCACACUUGAGCAUUGUUGGAGGGAGCUAAAAAAUGAACAGAAAUGGCUGUCAACAUUUGGGACAGAUAACAGCAAGUCAAAAAAAAGGAAGGGUGAAGAUGGUUCUCAAGCUUCUGUCCAGUCAUCAAGCCAUGGAUUUCAAGAAGAGACUCGUCCUGAAGGUGUGAAGAAGGCAAAGGCAAGGUUGAAGGCGAAAGAGAUGGAAGCUACCAGCACCAAGCCGGUGGAGAUAUUGCAUGAGCUGUUUGAGAUAAGGAAGUAG